CACCUCAGAGUUGCUGAGGCUCCAGUCACUAAUGAUCCUUUUUACAGGCAUAUUUUUCCAUACAUUAAGCCGUAUUUGCAUGUUGUCCAAAUAAUGACCCAGGUUUUAUGGGAUGUUGUUGCAGUUUUACAGUCUUUGUUUUAUUUUACAGACUCUUCCAAACAACCUUGUAGCAGAAAUAAAAUGGAGGACCCUUGGCAAAAGGCUUACGACUUUGCAGUUUCUGUGGCAAAAAAGGCUGGAGAGGAAAUUCGAAAAGCUGGCGAGAGUGAAAUAAGAAUCAUGACCAAGAGCUCCUCUGUGGACCUUGUCACCAAGACUGACGAGAGGGUGGAGAAAAUCAUCAUUGGGUCUCUGAAGGAGGAGUUCGGAGAAGGAACACACUGCUUCAUUGGGGAGGAGUCUGUUGCAAAAGGUGAGCCGUGCAUCUUGACCGACAAACCUACGUGGAUCAUCGACCCCGUAGAUGGCACCACAAACUUUGUGCAUGGGUUCCCAUUCGUGGCAGUUUCCAUUGCCUUUGCUGUCAAUAAACAGUUGGAGUUUGGUGUGGUGUACAGCUGCUUGGAGGACAAGAUGUAUAAAGCAAGGAAAGGGAAGGGUGCAUUCUGCAACGACGAACCCAUUCAAGUUUCUGAUGUGAAAGAUAUCCACAAGUCCAUUAUCAUUUCUGAGCAUGGAACUGAUAGGAGUCCAGAGAAAGUGACCAAAAUCUUCUCCACCAUGCAAAAGAUUCUCUGCAUCCCAGUUCAUGGGCUCCGAGGGUCAGGAACAGCUGCUACCAACAUGUGUCUAGUGGCGACCGGGGCGGUGGAGGCCUUCUUCGAGAUCGGGAUCCACUGCUGGGACAUCGCCGCUGGAGCAGUCAUAGUCCAAGAAGCUGGAGGAAUCCUUCUGGACGUUGAUGGCGGACCUUUUGAUUUGAUGUCUCGAAGGAUGGUCUCAGCAAACAACGAUGUCAUUGCCAAACGCAUCAUCAAGGAAAUUGAAAUAUUCCCCUCAACGAGGGAUGACGCACCAAUUGAGAAAAAGUGAGAAGAUUUUUAAAGGCUGGCUGCUCUGAAUUUGCAUAUGGACUGGAAGAUGAGAACAAGAGAAAAGUAUGUUUUGUACAUGUCUAAAUUAAGUUACUGAUUGUCAUCCCUGAUUGUCUAAGUGUGAAAGCUUGGUGUGAUUUGUUGGUAGCAUAUUUUGCCCCUUCAUAUCAUUUUUCUCAUUUCAAGCUUGUAUUAAAUUUGAUUGCCUCUCUGUUUUGUGUCUAUCAAAUAUUUUAUUUAAAGGAGGAAAUGGUGGUAAUUUUGCUUUUACCAAUCUUGUAUUUUAUCCGGCGGGGUUUUGUCGCUGACCAACCACGUUUCACUUUGCUUUGACAAUAAAACCUUUAAUCAG